UGUCAUGGCGGCCGGCGCGGCGGGCGUGCGGCCUGUGGGCGGCUCCGGGCCGCGGGGUGCGUGCGGGCGGGUCCUGUCGUGGGAGGGAGUGCUGCGGACGUUAGGCCCCGGGAGGCGUCUGUGCUGAGGCAGCUUUAACCGGCGGUGCCCGAGGGUUGAAGUUUCCUGUGGAGGCCUCUUGGAUGGGGUUGUGGGGCCGGGCGGCGCCGGCGCUGCGCUGCUGCGGCCUCACCUGGCUGUAAGAAGGAAGAAAGUUAUCGGAGAGCGUCCGAAGGAGGGCAGCGGGGAGAGGGAAAAGAAGAAAGGGCGACACGAGGAGGGGCGGCUGAGGGCCCUCGAUUUGGUUGGCGGAGGGGCGGCGCUCAUCUCUGCUUUCUGUGGCACAGGAAUGGCACGGAGCUGGGCCGGGGGUCCGGCCGUGCUCGGCCCCGGGGGCGGUGGGCUCAGCCCUGGACUGCCGGAGCUCAGGGAACAUCGGGACGCCGCUCUCAGCCGUAGGGUUUGGGUGGUGCCGGGGGUUGGACCCGGGGAUCCCUGUGGUUCCCUACCAGCUCGGGAUGUUCUGUGGUACUUGGAGGUCCCGUGCUGCUGGUGUCCGUUACUGCCUGCCCUCUGCUGUGUCGCCGCUAGGUGGGCCCCGAGUCCUUGCUGCUCUGCAGGAGGCAGUAGUAGAAGUUGAGCUCUAGUUUCCACAAAUGAAUGGGGGAAGAACGAGGACUAAAUGAGAUGAGAGAUCCUUCCGGUGCCCAGCAGAGCCAGCUCCACAGCGGGUUAAGUGAACCGUGCAAAGUGAAGGCAAGGAAACUUUGGGCAGCGCCAUGCAGUGGGCAGAUCAGCUCGCUGUGGUGCGGGGUGUUGGCUGGGACAUGUCUGUGUUGGACCAUAACAUUUCAGGAGGAUGGGAGUGUGGUUAGUGUGACUGUUGAGUGCUCCAGCAAAACCGCUUCCUUGUGCCCUGGUUUCCCCUGCUGCAGAGAGGUGCUGACAGCCCACCUCUGCCUGCUGCAAUUCCUGUGUCUUUCAUUCACCACCUGGAAUGGCAAACCAGAGCAUGUUUUGGACUCACUAGAGUCUGAGGUUGGGGUCCAAUCCCUGCCUGCAUCAGUGCGAUGUGCUCAGCCCCAGAGACCCUGCAGCUACAGGAUGAGGACUGAGCUGAGCAGAGCACACCAAACGAAGCUGAGAUCCUACAAAGGGAGGAGUGUAACGGUGUGGGCCAUGUGUAGAGAUUGCAGCAGUGGGUUGUGAGAUUCUGUAAUGCACAGGGGCACGGAGGCAUUAUUUCCCUUUUAUUACAGGUUACCACAAACCACCGCUAGCAAAUAAAUGUAAUAAAUAUAAUUUUUAAAAGGCGGAUGUAUCUGGAUAGCAACUUCUUAUAGCCAUCACCAGGAAGUGUGUGUGUGCAUAUAUGUGUAGAUAGCUCACCUUUGCAGCUACACCCAUCAAGGGGCCUCAAGAAUAUUUCUUUGGGAAAGUGCCCUACUGGCUGGAGUCCUGUUGUCCAUUUCACCCCAAAAAUGUGAUUUAACUGCAUGUGUUCCCCUGGUUGCCUGGCUUUCCUUGCUGGCUGGGGCACUGGGGAAAGAGGUGACAACGGACAAAAGCACUUUUCGUUUGGAGAAGAUGAGCCUGGUGCCCGCAGCCGUCCCCACCCCCAGCCCACUCAGUGGCAUGCGAAGCACUCGCCCGCCUCGCAAUGAGCCGGGUAAGGAAGCAACAGCUGCUGGGGUCCUUUUGCUGCCUCAGGAGCUGCGACAGCACCCGGGAGCCAGGGAUCUAAAUUUAAAUCUGUGCUUUGUGUGCUGUGCAUGCGAACGCAGCCUCCAGCCCCCAGAGUCCGGCUCCUCUGAGAGGGGGAUCUGGAGGAGCUCUGGCUGGCUAGGGCUGGGGGCUCAGCCGUGGGGUGAGAGGAGGAGAAACAGCGUGGGGAGAACCACCAUGGAGCCUGCGUCCCACCAGGAUGAUGCAAAGAAGAGGCAACAGAAGGAGAAGUCCAAGAAACCGGUGCCACCAGUAGCCCCUCGGCCAGCCAGGGCUCUGUUCUGCUUAACCCUACAGAACCCACUGCGGAAGGCAUGCAUCAGCAUCGUGGAGUGGAAACCUUUUGAGAUCAUCAUCCUCCUGACCAUCUUCGCCAACUGCGUUGCCCUGGCCAUCUACCUGCCCAUGCCGGAGGAUGACACCAACGUGGCCAACUCCAGCCUGGAGAAGUUCGAAUAUGCCUUCCUGAUCUUCUUUGCCAUCGAGGCCAUGCUCAAGAUAAUAGCUUACGGGUUUCUGUUCCAUACGGACGCCUAUCUCCGAAAUGGCUGGAAUGUGCUCGACUUCUCCAUCGUGUCCCUGGGGCUUGUCACCAUGACCCUGGAGCAGAUCAAUGCAAAGGAGGGAGGGUCUCUGGGAGGGAAAGGUGGCUUUGAUGUGAAGGCCCUGCGAGCAUUUCGUGUGCUGAGACCUCUGCGCCUGGUGUCUGGAGUGCCAAGUCUGCAGGUUGUCCUGAACUCCAUUAUCAAAGCCAUGGUGCCUCUGCUGCACAUCGCGCUGCUCGUCCUCUUCAUGAUCAUCAUCUAUGCCAUUGUGGGGCAAGAGCUCUUCAAGGGCAAGAUGCACAAGACCUGCUACUACCUUGGGACAGAUGUGAUUGCCACAGUAGGGUCAGAGAAGCCAGCCCCCUGCACAAUCUCUGGCCAUGGGCGUCACUGCUCCAUCAAUGGCACCGAGUGCCGAGGUGGCUGGCCGGGACCCAACAACGGCAUCACUCACUUCGAUAACUUUGGCUUUGCCAUGCUGACUGUCUACCAGUGCAUCACCAUGGAGGGCUGGACCGAAGUGCUCUACUGGGUUAACGAUGCCAUUGGGAAUGAAUGGCCCUGGAUCUACUUUGUCAGCCUUAUUUUGCUUGGUUCCUUCUUUGUUCUCAACCUGGUGCUGGGGGUGCUCAGUGGGGAGUUCACCAAAGAGCGUGAGAAGGCCAAGUCACGAGGCACAUUUCAGAAGCUGCGGGAGAAGCAGCAGCUGGAGGAGGAUCUGAAGGGCUACAUGGACUGGAUCACCCAUGCAGAGGUGAUGGACAGUCACCGGACCAGAGGAGAAGGUAUGAUGCCGCUGGAUGAAGGAGGGUCGGAGACAGAGAGCUUGUAUGAAAUCGAGGGCAUGAACAAAUGGAUUCUCUACUUCCGGCAGUGGAGGCGUUGGAACCGAAUGUUUCGUAGGAAGUGCAGGGAUGUGGUGAAAUCCAAGUUCUUCUACUGGCUGGUCAUCCUGCUGGUGGCACUGAACACCCUCUCCAUUGCCUCUGAGCACCAUUUCCAGCCCGAAUGGCUGACGAUUGUACAAGACAAUGCCAACCGGGUGCUGCUUGCACUCUUUGUGGCCGAAAUGCUGCUGAAGAUGUACGCGCUGGGCCUGCGCCAGUACUUCAUGUCCCUCUUCAACCGCUUCGACUGCUUUGUUGUGUGUGCGGGGGUCCUGGAGAUCAUCCUGGUGGAGCUCAGCACUUUGUCACCCCUGGGCAUCUCUGUGCUGCGCUGCAUCCGGCUGCUCCGCAUCUUCAAGAUCACCAGGUACUGGACGUCACUGAGUAACCUGGUGGCCUCUCUGCUCAACUCGGUGCGCUCCAUUGCCUCUCUGCUCCUCCUUCUCUUCCUUUUCAUCAUUGUCUUUGCCCUGCUGGGCAUGCAGCUCUUUGGGGGCAUGUAUGACUUUGAGGACAUGGAAGUCCGACGCAGCACAUUCGACAACUUCCCCCAGGCCCUCAUCAGUGUCUUCCAGAUCCUGACUGGAGAGGACUGGAAUUCAAUAAUGUACAACGGGAUAAUGGCUUAUGGGGGCCCAUCCUUCCCCGGCAUGCUGGUCUGCAUCUACUUCAUCAUCCUCUUUGUCUGUGGGAACUAUAUCCUCCUCAAUGUCUUCCUGGCCAUUGCAGUUGAUAACCUGGCUGAGGCUGAGAGCCUGACCUCAGCUCAGAAGGCCAAAGCUGAGGAACGCAAGCGCCGGAAGAUGUCCAGAGGUUACCCAGAAAAGUCUGAAGAUGAAAAACAGAUGUUGGCAAAGAAGCUUGAGCAGAAGGCGAAGGGAGAAGGGAUUCCCACAACAGCCAAGUUGAAAGUGGAUGAAUUUGAAUCCAAUGUCAAUGAAAUCAAAGAUCCCUACCCCUCCGCAGACUUCCCAGGUGAUGAUGAGGAGGAUGAGCCUGAAAUCCCCCUGAGUCCUCGGCCGCGUCCUCUGGCAGAGCUCCAGCUGAAAGAGAAGGCUGUGCCUAUGCCUGAAGCCAGCUCCUUCUUCAUCUUCAGCCCAACAAAUAAGUUUCGGAUGCUGUGCCACAGAAUCGUCAACGCCACUUGGUUCACCAACUUCAUCCUGCUCUUCAUCUUGCUCAGCAGCAUCUCCCUGGCAGCUGAGGAUCCCAUCCGAGCCGAGUCGUUCCGCAACCAGAUUCUUGGAUACUUUGACAUCGGUUUCACUUCUGUCUUCACUGUUGAAAUUGUCUUGAAGAUGACAGCAUACGGUGCUUUCCUGCACAAAGGCUCCUUCUGCAGGAACUCAUUCAACAUCCUCGACUUGCUGGUGGUUGCUGUGUCCCUUGUCUCCAUGGGAUUCGAGUCCAGCACCAUCUCAGUGGUGAAGAUCCUCCGGGUUCUGAGGGUGCUGAGACCUCUGCGAGCCAUUAACAGAGCGAAGGGUCUGAAGCACGUGGUCCAGUGCGUGUUCGUGGCCAUCAAAACCAUUGGUAACAUUGUGGUCGUCACGACUUUGCUGCAGUUCAUGUUUGCCUGCAUCGGGGUGCAGCUCUUCAAGGGCAAGUUUUACAGCUGCACAGAUCCCUCCAAGCUAACAGAGAAGGAGUGCAGGGGGCAUUUCAUCAACUACGUGGAUGGGGACCCAACACAGAUCGAGCUGAAGGAGCGGGUCUGGUUCCACAAUGCCUUUCACUUCAACAAUGUCUUCUCAGCCAUGAUGUCGCUUUUCACUGUCUCCACCUUCGAGGGCUGGCCAGAGCUGCUGUACAGGGCCAUUGACACAAAUGAUGAGAACAAAGGCCCUAUAUACAACUACCGGGUGGAGAUCGCAAUGUUCUUCAUCAUCUACAUCAUCCUCAUUGCCUUCUUCAUGAUGAACAUCUUUGUGGGCUUUGUCAUUGUCACCUUCCAGGAGCAGGGGGAGAGCGAGUACAAGAACUGCGAGCUGGACAAGAACCAGCGCCAGUGUGUGCAGUACGCUCUGAAGGCUCGCCCGCUGCGGCGGUACAUCCCCAAGAACCCCUACCAAUACCAGAUCUGGUACGUGGUCACCUCCUCCUACUUUGAGUACCUCAUGUUCUUCCUGAUCAUGCUGAACACCAUCUGCCUGGGCAUGCAGCAUUACAACCAGUCUGCAGAAAUGAACCACGUCUCAGACAUCCUCAAUGUGGCCUUUACUGUCCUCUUCACCCUGGAGAUGAUGCUCAAGCUCAUGGCCUUUAAAGCCAAGGGCUACUUUGGGGACCCCUGGAAUGUCUUCGACUUCCUCAUAGUGAUUGGCAGCAUCAUCGAUGUCAUCCUCAGCGAGAUUGAUACUGUUCUUGCAUCCAGUGGUGGAUUGUACUGCCUUGGCGGAGGCUGUGAUAACAUUGUAAAUAUCAGCUGCAUGUGCUUGCAGUGGCUCCCUUCCCCCUUUGCUGCCCUUACCCUUGCCAGCCUUCCUGUGGCCAGCACGUGCACGUGUCCUGCAUGUCAUGAAGACACACCAAGCCCUGCUGCUUUCCCCUGGUGUGCAGAUCUCCCCUCUUGGAAGCCCAAGUGCCAAGCUUCAAAAAUGGGUAGAGCUUGCCUGUCGGGGGCCCACGUGCAGCACUGGAGGCUGGUGCAUCCCUGUGCCCCUAGUUGCCCCCAGGGAAUCUUCUUGGGGGUGCCAGGGUGCUGGGCACUGGAAGAGGCUGUCCAGAGAAGCUGCGAGUGCCCCAUCUCUGGAGGACUGGGGACCCCUACCCCCCCCAGAUCUGUUCCUCUCUUGUCUGCUGUCCUCUUCUGCCUGCAGGACCCAGAUGACAACUCCCGUGUCUCCAUCACUUUCUUCCGGCUGUUCCGGGUGAUGCGGCUGGUGAAGCUGCUGAGCCGGGGAGAAGGUGUCAGGACCCUGCUGUGGACCUUCAUCAAAUCCUUCCAGGCUCUGCCCUAUGUUGCCCUGCUGAUCGUGAUGCUGUUCUUCAUCUAUGCUGUGAUUGGGAUGCAGAUGUUUGGGAAGAUUGCCAUGGUGGAUGGAACCCAGAUCAACCGAAACAACAACUUCCAAACCUUCCCACAAGCUGUGCUGCUGCUCUUCAGGUGUGCCACGGGGGAGGCCUGGCAGGAGAUCCUGCUGGACUGCAGCUACGGGAAGCGGUGCGACCCUGAGUCCGACUACGCAGAGGGCGAGGAGUACACCUGUGGCACGGGCUUUGCCUACUUCUAUUUCAUCAGCUUCUACAUGCUCUGUGCCUUCCUGAUCAUUAAUCUCUUUGUGGCCGUCAUCAUGGACAACUUUGACUACCUCACACGUGACUGGUCCAUCCUGGGCCCCCACCACCUGGACGAGUUCAAACGGAUCUGGGCCGAGUACGACCCCGAAGCCAAGGGCAGGAUCAAGCACUUGGACGUGGUGACUCUGCUGAGACGUAUCCAACCUCCCCUGGGCUUUGGGAAGUUCUGCCCUCACCGUGUAGCUUGUAAGCGCCUGGUGUGCAUGAACAUGCCCCUGAACAGCGAUGGCACUGUCACCUUCAAUGCAACACUCUUUGCGCUGGUGAGGACAGCCCUCAAGAUCAAGACAGAAGGUAAUUUUGAACAGGCCAAUGAGGAGCUCAGAACCAUUAUCAAAAAAAUCUGGAAGCGAACCAGUAUGAAGCUUUUGGACCAGGUCAUCCCACCUAUUGGAGAUGAUGAGGUGACAGUGGGCAAAUUCUAUGCUACUUUCCUCAUCCAAGAGCAUUUCAGGAAGUUCAUGAAGCGCCAGGAGGAGUACUAUGGGUACCGUCCCAAGAAGAACCCUGUAGAGAUCCAGGCUGGGCUGAGGAGCAUUGAAGAAGAAGCCGCUCCUGAAAUUCAUCGAGCCAUCUCUGGGGACCUGACUGCUGAGGAAGAGCUGGAGAGGGCAAUGGUGGAAGCUGCCAUGGAGGAGGGGAUCUACAGGAGGACGGGCGGUUUGUUUGGCCAGGUGGACAGCUUCCUGGAGCCAAGCAGCCCCCUGCAGCCCCACAUGGCCAGCCAGAGGCCCCUGCAGUUUACAGAGGUGGGCAGCGAAGACCUCGACUCCCCCGUCUUCCUCGACGACUUCCCCCAGGAAGGCAACACCAACGUCAACAACGCCAACUGGCUGCAGGGGUUGGAGUACGAGGAUGAGGUGCUGAGGAGAGCAGUGCUGGCAGCACCCAGGCCUCCAGCGCGGGAGACUGACCUCCCCAUCCCUUUGGAAAGGUUGCGGCGGAGACGAGGAGCUGCCUCUGAGCAUCACCCAGCAUCGGGGCAGUGCCUCCAUCCCCAGCAGGGCAGCACAGUGACAGCAGCAGCAUCCAGCUCAGAACACCGGUGGCAUGAAAGCACUGACACAAACAUGUCUUCCACCCCUGCCAUCACCUUCCUCAUUCAAGAGGCUCUGAUCUCUGGGGGCCUUGCAGCUCUGGCCCGCGACGCAUCCUUCGUUGCAGUGACCAGGGAUGAGAUGGCAGCCAGCAGUCAGCUGGAGGUGGAUGAAGUGGAGAAAGCAGCAGUGGAGCUGCUAAAGGAAAGAGAAGCACUGUGGGACACAGAAAGCAGCUCUGUCCUCCGGGACACCUUGGCUGCAUCAGAAGUCAGCGCCCCAGGGCUCAGUGUGGCCACAUCCCAUCAGACCAGCUCUGCUGCUCGCCUGUGAGCUGCCUGCCAUGCAGCCCCAUGGGUACAACCAGAUAACAGAGCAGUGCUGCACCUCUCCCCAUCUUUGCCUGUGGGGCUGCUGGGCUCUGUCUGGCCGCAGGAGGCUUUUUGGACUGGGGCUGCAGGAUGCUGGUGACAGGACAGGGUGAUGCUGUGCCAGAAUGGUCUUUGCAGGAGCUGCACAGAUCAUUAAAGUGUCCCUGCUGUGUGACUCCGUGGGUUCCCCUGUCCCCUCCUUCCUCUGCUCUCCUGGCUGCAGGCUGCUGCCUGCCUGAGCUGGCAGAGACUCAGACCAGCUGAGGGAGGGAGCUUUAAGAAGAGCUGGCAGUGGUUAGUGGGCAUGGUGGGGAUGGGCCAGCAGUUGGACUCGGUGAUCUUAAUGCACUUUUCCAACCUUAAUGAUUCUGUGAUUCAUGUGGCAGUCCCAGUCCUGGUCCUGAGAUCUUUCCCCACUCCCGUGUGCUCCUGCCUCAGUCAGUCACUUUAAG